AAGCCCCUCUCGAGUGCAGGAAAAGGCAAAACUCUCCUCUCCAAUCUCCAUCUGAAAAUUCUCUCGCCUCGGCCUCGCCGCCCAAACCCAAACCCUAACCCUCGCUCCAGCUCGCCGUCGGCAUGUCCGCUAGGUUGCUCCGGCGAGUCCUCCAGGAGCGGGAGGCCGCCCCGCAGGAACCCAACGUCGCCGUCGGUGAGCAGCCGGAGGAGGAGGAGGAUGAAGCCUCUCCUCCCCGCGCCGCCGCGCGGAACCUCUUCGAUCUCCUCGACGGUGGCGGCGACGACGACGAAGAAGAAGACAAGGAAGAUGAAGUGGAAAGAAGUCAACCUGACAGUUACACAGAACAGAAACAUUCCGUGAAAAAGAAAGGUAUGAACGUUGUUCCUGAAACAAACAAGAAAUCUAAGAAAAAAAAGAAAAAGGGCAAGGUGGAACCAUCGCUAAGAAAGUUGAAUGAUGAACAGUCGCUGGAUUCAAUACUCGAAGAUCUAUCUAUUGAAAAGAAGCCUGUGCAACAAAGAGUUCACCAAAGUGACAGAGCAGCUGGAAAGGAAAUUGAGACAAAUGAAACCACUCAUGGGCCGUCCUCAGUUCUCGCAAUUGAUCCCAAACAUCUAAAGGGUGAAAAUGAGAUGAGACGCAUUUUUGGAUCAAAGGUAGUGGGUUCAUUUGAAAAUCAACGGAAUGUACCUAGCAGUUCGAGGCAAGUACGUGGUGUUAGGCGAGUUGCCUACAAUCCAAGAAGGACUCUUCUUGUUUCUCCACCUAGCUACUGGCCACCAUGGGACAAAUCGAUGUCAAUGGAUCUUCUUGAGACGAAGAGUGGUUUGAAUUAUUUCAGGUACUUGUAUGAUCCUUCUGUCAGCCAUGUGCAGGAAUUAUUUGAAGCUGCCAAAGCAGCCAAUGAUCUCAAUGCUAUUGCAUCAGUAUUAGGAAAAUAUCCAUAUCAUCCAGAAUCAUUGUUGACAUUUGCUGAACUUUUCAAAUAUUCUGGAGAACAUCAGUCAUCAGCAGAUGCAGUUGAGAAGUGUCUAUUUGCAUUGGAGUGUGCUUGGCAUCCUUUGUUCAGCCCACUGCAGGGUAACUACCAGUUGAAAUACAGCCAUGACACAAACAAGCCAUUUUUCACAGCACUCUUUAGUCACAUGAAAAAUUUGGAUAGGCGUGGUUGCCACCGAUCUGCUUUAGAGAUCUGCAAGUUUCUCUUGUCACUGGAUACUGAUGAUCCAAAGGGUGCUUUGUUUUGCAUUGAUUACUUUGCUCUAAGAUCACAACAGUACAAAUGGUUGGAGCAAUUUGCAGAAGAGUACCAGUGCGAUAGCUCCCUGUGGUUAUUCCCAAAUUUCUCGUUUUCUCUUCCUAUUGCACGGUUUUACCUUGAGCGUGAUGCAGCAUCUGAGGAGGGUUCUGAUCAUGCUGACAAGUCAACAUCUGUUGAUCUCAUGAAGCAAGCUCUGAUGCUUCAUCCAUCGGUGCUUCAAAAGAUAGUUGACAAGGCUCCUCUGAAAGAUUCAUCAUGGACCCAAAUACUCAAAAAUGUGUUCUUUGGAAUGGCAAAACCAGGAAGCCCUUCACUCGAGCAUAUGAUUAACAUAUAUGUUGAACGUCACUAUAUCAUGUGGAGGUUCCCAGAACUGCAGAUCUUACUGAAAGAGGCUGCUCUUUUGGUGAUUGAAUCACUGAAGCAGGAUAACAGAGAAGCGCAAGACUGGGCAUGCGUUAGAAAAGAGGUGUUUUCUUCAGAUAAGAAUGAGUACUCUCAUCUGCUUGUUUCAGACUUCUCCGACAUAACACCAUCGCUCCCCCCAGAAGAACUACGUCCAUUUAUGGUUGGUCCAGGAAUGGUGCAUGAGAUGCCACCUCCUGAACAAGAAGCUGGGCCUGAGAGACUCCGUGCUCCUCGGGAAGUUGCUGGUCGCAAUCCUGCGAUGGUCUUCCUCGAGUCACUGCUCCCUUGGGUAGACUAUGGUGACAAUCAUCAUGAUGCAAAUGACGAAAACAAUGGUGACUGAUCAGUUGGACGCAUCAAGCUGCAUGGACUCACAAUUGCACCCGGAUGCUUGCCUGUGAUUGAUGAUGAUCAAGAAAAAUCAGUGCUAACCAUUGCGUUGCCUGCCCAAUCCUCAAAUAACCAUCCCAAUCCUCAAAUAACCAUCAGAAGCGAGUGUCUUGUAUUUUCCAUGGUAUUGCUACUUGCCAAGGGUUAUACAUGUAUAGCUGAUUCGCUAAAUUGAGACGUUACAUUUCAAUGUUGGGUCCGAAACAUGAGAGUACAAGUACCAUCCUCGUUCUACUUUUUGCCAAUUCCGCAGCUGAUCCAUAUCAUUUAUGUUGUAGCUUUGCUUAAGGUCAGGUGAUUGAUCCAUUAUGUAAAAGGGUUUAAUCAAGAUAUUUGUAGAAAUUUAUUUGAAUGGCUGUUUAUGCAAAUAUUA